GCUCAACAGGACAUAUUUUUAUUUUUCUUCGAUCCCCCUCUCAGUUUUCCCAUAGGUACUUUCAAGGAUCUCCCCACCUGAGGCGCCGAACAUGUGAAAUUUUGAAACCAGUCGCUCGUUUAUCUCGAUCUAAAAGCAUAGCUGGUAAAAAGCAGGCGCCGUUGGGUUGAGGACCGUAUAAUGUCGGCGCGCGCAGCGACAUCUACCCCACCACAACGUCGGGCAAAUGGCGAUGUAGAAGCCCCGAAGGCCUACGUGCAAGCGGACCCGAACGCACUGUCACCACUGCAGAUUGGUGAGCGUAUCGAGGCACAAAACAAAGCAAACAGCGCCAAGGCGCGCUCUAUAUCGAAUACCAUCCGCGGAAACCUGAAUGCACCUGCCAGCUUGCGGCUCGGUCGCGUUAUCCGCCAUAAAAAGACAUCCAAACCAAAAAAAGCAAUGAGUUUGUGUUGCCAUAGAAAACUUUGUAAGUAGAUGCUGAUGCUGCUCCGCAAGAGGGAGAUGAAAAACCUUCUAUCGGAUGUCCGAUGCAAAGAAAGUGUAACGCGGAAAAAGUUAGGAUCAGACAGUCAUUGAGACGCUUUGUGAUGCUGAUGUGACAAAAGUUUUCUUUUUGCUACACAAAAAACUGCAUCACAAUUGGUACGGGUGUGCUUUUCUGUUUGAUACGCGUCCAGCCCGCGGUCUUUCGCGGCGGGAAUGCGCUAACGCUGACGCAAGUGAUAUCGUCUGUAAAAAGGUCCCCGCUCCCUCGUCAAGAUGUGAACUUGGCAACACAGAUCGAGAACUUAAUUUGGCUGGCUCGCAUGACAGGUUGGGCUCCCAGCGUAGUAGUAGUUGUGGCUCUAGCUUGUGUAAGCGCAUUGCAAAUUGAUCAUCUUCAUAUCCUGACUAUUUUAGCAGGACAAGAAUAUUCAAGACAACACUACCAGAAAACACUCGACAUCCAGGCAUGCGAGUAAGUACUUAUGCGUGACAAGGAUGUGUAGUUGGUUGGGGACCACGUUUUUACUCACGAUAAGUGAGAUUAGCCUCCCCGGGACCGGUGCGCGCGCUACGCAUCCCAGCACUGGAGAGCAGGAUAACAUUAGGACCAUCUGCGCAGCCAACGCCUCGAACACGAACACUGGAAGCAAAACCAACUGCGGCAGCAACCACCUCGGCGACGGGGAGUAGUGGUGCGAAUACUUCAGCCAAGAACAUUCCACCGCAAACUCCCCGGUCGCCAGCAGUGGCUUCGAGUAGCGAUGUGGACGGGGUCAAAAUCUUGACCGGUGUGGUCGCCUCGGAGGCUGGUGUAGUUACUAGUGCACCGCCGGAUAAAAAGCCCAGUCCUGAAGAUGCGAGCAGCGGCACCUUUCUGAGCAGCAAAACGUCGAACGAAGGUGGUCGCGCGCAAACACCGCGACCACUUUUGCAGGAAAUUCGCACGCCACGCAUUCCCAACUUGCUUCCCGCCACUCCCAGGGCCAGCAUCCAUUCGCCCAAACCCAGCUUCAGCGUUCUGCAGCCGAAAUUAGGUAUGGACACGACUUGCUUCUUGUUGUUUGCGGAUGGAAAAUGCAAUAAGUCUUUACAUGUAGUUGUAUCUGGUGCAAUGAACAAACAAAUGAGUCGGGUGUUUUAAAACUUCGAUUGAGAUGCGUUUUUUGAUGGACAAGUAAGUAAAACACUUCCACCAACACCUGCAGGACCACCGGGGAAUCAGUCACGGGUGAACAUUGGGCCCGUCCGGGGACGCCGCAUUUUCACGGGGCUCGGGGACGAUUAUGUGCAACACUACCUGCGUUCGCGUUCGCGAUCGCAAGCCCCCAUGGUCGUCGUGCCUCCCCCGUCCUCCGGCGGUGGAACUUCUGCGUCAAGUGGCGCAUUUUCGCGGCCACCACCCUACGCGCUAGACAUCGACAUGGCAAAAAACACGCCCCGGCACCCCGCUUUUGAGAUCGGUGGCAUGGAGGACGUAGCAAAUGCAAAUAGCGAAAUCUGGGUCCUCUGGAAGACGAGCGACCGAGUUGUCACACUGUUAUUUUUGCAUGACGUGGAAGAUCUCGCCGUGGCUCUGGUGGCACUACUUACGCAUGCCGUAUUCCAAUAUGACAGGUUUUGCGAGAGGAGCUACUUCCCAAUGCCUAUCGUGCAUAAGAAAUAGUUCCCUUUUUAUUUCUGUCAGCUUGAGUGACGACAAUAUGCGUUGACGCAAGGCAGCUUUCCGCGUCGCCCUAAGCGAGCAUCAAAACAUUUGUUUCCUCUGGAACAACCCAGAUGACGUAUUUGCAUUUCAUAGGACGUGCACGACAUGAUUGGCCUGUCCUCCAUCUCUAUCCAAUGCAAAAGUAUCGUACUCGCUCCUACGAAUCGUAGUCAUGCUUCAUGACAGAACUAUGAGCUGCUCAGGGAAGUCUUCAUCACGACACUUGGAAAAAUGUGUAUUCCGAUAAUUGACACUAGAAGAAGUACGACGUUUACGAUACUUUUGCAAUGCAUAGCAUCCCUGUCCAUCGAACCGCGCCGGGCCUGCACGCCGCUGCAGGCACAUCCUCUGAGUCCAGUGCCCCAUCAGAUUCUGCACGUACCCAGGCCGGAUCUGCACCCGAGACCAUAUUGAGGGCCGAGAUGCCGCUGUUGCGUCUACCGACCUUCGGACUGAUAGUGCAGCUGUUAUGAUGAAAAUUAACUUUUACAAGAACGCUUCAAGAACUUAAAUUCGUCAAGGGAAUAGUAACGCUCGCUCCACAUCAUUCUCGCGCUGGUUCGCCUAUAAUAAACACUCAUUGCUGGUAGCGUUUCUGGUUGAAAUUUGCUCUUCAGCAAGGACAAGGUGGCUGUUUCAGUAUUCAUGUACCAUAAUUCAUUUUGGACUUUUUU